AAUUCUCAAUCUUGUGGGAUCCUGACUGUGGUUCCACAGUUUUUGAAUUGUUUCUUUCUGGCUGUUUGCAAUACUUUCCCACUGACCUCAGAGCUCUGGAGUUUGGCUGUCAUAUUCCUCAAGAGUUUUCAUUUUGGGAUCUCUUUCAGGAGGUGGUUGGUGAUGUGCCUUUCUUAAGGAUGGAGGCAACAUAGAAAUGUUCAUUGGUAGUGGGGCAGGAGUCAGUAGAUAGGUAGAGAGGACAAGAAGAAGUUCCCAGCCAAAGGCCUCAAUCUUUUGGGUGAAGUCUGAGGCACAGUACUCAGCUGAGAGGGGAAGGGGUGAGGUGCCAUGAGAGGCCUGAGGAGAGAUGUGAGGGUUUGGAGUCCAUGCUGUGGUUAGUGAGAUAGGGAAUUUAUUACAAAGGAGUCGACGGCUUGCCUUGCUCCAGUGAGGACCCAUUUGGGAAGCAUAGUGGGUAAAGCUUUCAAGCCCUGAUGAUUGGAAGCAGUAUCAUCCCAUGGCAUCACAGGGUGUAGACCUGGAAGAGCCCUUAGCAACAAUUUUAUCCAAGUCUCCCAUUUUACAGAUGAGCAAACUGAGGCCUAGAGUGAGGAGGGGAUUUACCCAACACCCCAGAGGGAAAGUGUGGCAAGUGCAAGUCUCUUGAUCCUUGGCCCCAUGGUCUUUUCUAGACACUCACAUGGUUCACAGGUUUGGGAGAUUUGGUGCUUGGAGAUCACAGAACAGGAGAAUGUCACAGGGGAAGGGACUUUAGGGACCCUCAUUUUACAAUUGAAGAAAGAAGAGGCCAUUAAGGGAAAAGGACAUGCCCAGGGUCAGGCAGAGAGUGAGUGACAGGGCCCUCAUUCUCUGGAUCUGAGCCUCAAUUUCUCUCCCCUGCACCAACACUGCCUUUCUCCCUCCUCAGGGUAAAGAUGCUCAGGAAGAAGUCAGUGGCGGCAGCAGCAGCAGCAUCCAGUGGGACAGCACAGGAUGCCAAGAGGUCAUCCUGGGUGGACCAGUCCCUGGAUCCCAUUUCACCAGGUGCAGACACAACCCUAACCCCAGCAGCUCCAGAGGAUAGACCAGAUGACUUACAUUAUGCCUGCCUCAACUUCCAAGGAGUGAAACCAAGAGAAGACCAUGGAUCCACUGACGCCCUCACCGAGUACUCAGAGAUUAAGUUCCAAUGAGCAACUGUUGAGGCCUCAGCCUGGGUUCUACACUGGAUGGUCUGCAAGUCAGUUCCACCCCUCCAUAACAUGAAUUAAACACCUGCUCCAGACAGAUUUGGAUAAGACACAGUCCCCAUACUCAUGGACCUUUCAGUCUAGUAAAGAGAUAAAGUAGAUUUUCACAUUA